AUGAAUAUCAAGGAACUCAGCCUUCAUGAACUGUGCGAGGAGCUCAAGACUCCAGCGUGGAAUGUGCCGCUUACCUUCGUUGGUGAUGUUGGCGGAACGAGCGCCCGCAUGGGUUUUGUGCGUGAAGGAAAGAACGAUUCUGUUCAUGCUUGCGUCACGCGGUACUCCAUGAAGCGCAAGGACAUCACAGAGCUUAUUGAAUUUUUUAAUGAGAUCAUUGAAUUGAUGCCUGCAUCGGUAAUAAAACGGGUGAAGGCGGGCGUCAUCAAUGUACCCGGGCCUGUCACGGGCGGUGCUGUGGGUGGACCGUUCAACAAUCUGAAGGGAAUUGCGCGUCUUUCAGAUUACCCGAAGGCACUUUUCCCGCCGGGCCGCAGUGCCAUUCUUAAUGACCUUGAAGCAGGGGGCUUUGGUGUGUUGGCCGUCAGUGAUGCACAUGUUUUUUCGGAGUACUUCGGAGUCAUGUGGGAAGGCACACAGUGGCGCACGUGUGAGCAGGAGCCGGCAGGGUCCGUUAUUGGCCGUGGUCGCUGCCUCGUCUUGGCUCCUGGUACGGGGCUUGGUUCCUCCCUCAUCUACUACAAUCCCAUGAACCAGCAGCACAUCGUCGUUCCACUGGAGCUUGGCUCGCAGACUAUCCCGAUGCGGAAGGAUAUUGACUACAUCCAGACCCUCCACGCAGAGCUGAAGCUUCUUCCCAACUACGAGAACAUGGUAAGUGGGGCAGGGCUGGAGUUCCACUACAGGCAGGUGGUGCGUGGGAGCAGGCCGCCGUGCUCGGCCGGAGAGAUUGCGAAGCUCGCAAGUGAGGGCGACGCGAACGCCUGCAAGGCAAUGAAGAAGUACCACGAGUACCUCAUGCGCGUUGGCAGUGAGGCGAGCAUGGCCCUUUUGCCUCUCACUAUUGUCCUUGUCGGAGACAACAUCGUGAAUAACGCGUUCUUCUAUAGAAACCCACAGAACUUGAAGGAGAUGCAUCGCGAAGCACUCAACCAUGAGAUGGAGCGCUUCGGUUUCCAGAGUCGUGUGACGUACCUGCGGCAGAAGAAGUUACUCAACCUGAACCUGAUGGGCUGCUACCGGUGCGGUUUGGACCUCUCCGUGGGGAAAAAGCAGAAGGCGCAACUUUAG